AUGCACAGAUCCAUCGCGAAGAGAAAAGGAUGUGCUAGGAGCAGGAGGUCCGAGCCCAUAAUUGCCACUACAGACAUUUCCAGUUCCUCCAUGAAUAUUACCAUAACUGGCGUUGGUUUGAGCAGUUUUACCGCCUCCAAAAUUGCGUCCAAUUCCACCACGUCCACUAAGAACACUAUAACCACCCACAGCAAAGGCACUUAUUGGGCACAAAACGCUAUUGUUGACACCAUCAAUAGCUGCAUGACUGCAAUUUCUACUGGGGAAUUACCACUCCAAUCCCAGGCCAUCAAACCAAUUUUCGGACCUAGACCUGUGGGUAUCCUCUCCAAUUUACAUAAAUUGGUUGGGAUGUGGUUGUGGAGGUUAAUGGAGGGUAGGUAA